ACCGUCCCUUCCUGUUUUAGUACCGAGAGAGCCACCGUACCGAGACACAUUGGAGCUGGAAUACAGUCAUUUAGAACUCGAUUAUGUCUAGAUUUCUACUUAAUUUAUCAAAGACAAGGUUAUUUAUUUUCCAGCGUGAGGUCUACAGUUAUAUUUAUUCAUGCUGUCACGGUAGCAUUUCGUCUUAGACAGAUAGAUAGCCUCAUAAACCUAUUUAUUAUUGCACUGCCAACCCUUGUUCCUUUCCUGUGUCAAUGAUUGUCCUACCCUCACUCUCAUGGCGGAGACUAAAAUAAUAUAUCACAUUGACGAGGAGGAGACUCCUUAUCUAGUGAAAUUAUCCGUUUCUCCUGAGAAAGUCACUUUAGCGGAUUUUAAAAAUGUCCUUAACAAUCGUCCGGUCAAUAGCUACAAAUUCUUUUUCAAAUCCAUGGACCAGGAUUUUGGGGUUGUCAAAGAGGAGAUUUCCGAUGACAACGCCAAGUUGCCCUGCUUCAACGGGAGAGUGGUGUCCUGGCUGGUCCUGGCAGAGAGCUCCCACUCUGAUGGGGGGUCCCAGUGUACAGAGAGCCACCCAGAGCUGCCACCCCCCCUGGAGAGGACAGGGGGCAUCGGUGACUCCCGCCCACCCUCGUUCCAUGCCAACGCAGUAAGCAGUCGGGAUGGCCUGGACACGGAGACGGGUACAGAGUCCCUCCUGAGCCACCGUAGGGAGAGGGAGAGAGAACGCGCACGGAGGAGAGCACGAGAGACUGAAAUCCCUCGUAUCAAUGGCCACUCUAAGUCGGAGCGCACAGUGAGGGACUCUGCCAUGGGCUACGACAGCGCCUCAGUGAUGAGCAGUGAACUGGAGUCCAGCUCCUUCGUCGACAGUGAGGAGGAUGAGGACGCCAGCAGACUCAGCAGCUCCACAGAGCAGAGCUCGUCUUCUCAGCUAAUGCGCAGACACAAACGCCGCCGACGGAGGCACAAAGUGGCCAAAAUAGACCGGUCUUCGUCCUUCAGCAGCAUCACAGAUUCCACUAUGAGCCUCAACAUCAUCACUGUCACACUCAACAUGGAGAAGUAUAACUUCCUGGGUAUCAGUAUUGUGGGGCAGAGUAACGACCGGGGGGACGGCGGGAUCUACAUCGGCUCAAUCAUGAAGGGAGGAGCUGUAGCUGCAGACGGCAGGAUAGAACCUGGAGAUAUGCUCCUACAGGUGAACGAUGUGAACUUUGAGAACAUGAGCAACGAUGACGCUGUGAGGAUCCUGAGAGAGAUUGUCUCCAAAACAGGUCCUAUUAGUCUUACUGUGGCCAAGUGUUGGGAUCCGUCUCCACGAAGCUACUUCACCAUCCCCCGGGCUGAACCAGUGAGGCCCAUCGACCCUGCUGCCUGGAUCUCCCACACAACCGCCCUGACCGGACCCUACCCACACUACGAAUUUGACGACUUGCCGCUAUCUGCGAGUAAGACGGACAUGGCAACCAUCGUCAAGGUGAUGCAGCUACCUGACUCUGGUCUGGAGAUCCGGGACAGGAUGUGGUUGAAGAUCACCAUCACCAACGCUGUCAUCGGUGCUGACGUGGUGGACUGGCUCUACUCCAGGGUGGAGGGCUUCAAGGACAGGAGAGACGCCAGGAAGUAUGGCAGCAGUCUGCUGAAACAUGGCUACCUGAGACACACUGUCAACAAGAUCACCUUCUCAGAGCAGUGCUACUACACCUUUGGAGACCUCUGCCAAAACAUGGCGUCUCUCAACCUGAAUGAGGGUUCCAGUGGUGGGGGCUCUGAGCAGGACACCCUGGCCCCCCUACCUCCCCCUGCCACCAACCCAUGGCCCCUGGGGGGCCAGCCGUUCCCCUGCCCUCCCUUCCCCUCCGCCCCUCCAGGCUUCCCACCAGGCUACUCAGACCCCUGCCACAGUUUCCACAGUGGGAGUGCAGGCAGCCACAACAGUGAGGGAAGCAGAAGCACUGGAUCCAACCCCAGCGCAGGGACAGGGAAGGUCCCUGACCAAAACUCCUCCCCACAAGUGAAGGGUCACAGGUCCACAUGCAGUGAAACCGAGCCAAUGGGCAUCCGAGGAGCGAGGAGCCCCUGCGAUAAGUCCGCCAGCCAGCAGAGUCAUCACAGUCAUCACAGCAGCCAUGCCCAGUCAAGUCACAGCCACACCCGCUCUGGUUUCAGUCAUGCUCAGUCUCACAGGAGUCACUGUCACUCACAGAACAGCCACACCCACAGCCACACAUCCUUCAUCUACAAACACGCCCCUUUCACCAAGCCCGGGCCUGGCUCGUGUGGCCACAGCGAGCGAAGCCACGCCUCCUCCUACGGCCCCCCCGGCCUGCCCCCCCCAUACUGCCUGUCCCGGCUGGCCUCUAAGACCUCCGUCAGCAGUAGCACCCCCCCCGGGGCUCCCCCGGUACGGGGGCUAGGAGCCGUCCCCCCUGAGCUCACGGCUAGCCGCCAGUCCUUCCAGCACGCUAUGGGCAAUCCCUGCGAGUUCUUUGUUGACAUCAUGUGACAGACAGGACAGUGCCUUUUAAAAACUUGCUGAGCACAAACAAGCCCCCCCGUCCUACCGCUCGUCCGUCCCACCUCACCUUCUCUUCUUUACCCCAUUUGCUACUGACUAUUCCUGAGUUGAGAAUGUAGAUGCUGGUCCCCUCCUUCCCCAUGCUAUCACAACGGCCCCUCGGAUGUCGGAGCAGGGGAGGACAGGAGACAAGAGCACAACAGAACUGAAGAGAGUCCUGCUAUCGCAAAAACACACAGAGCCUCAGUGUCUGAUCAGAACCCCCAGCCAGCUCUUUUGUAUUGAUGUGACGUGAACAGUUUGUGAAAUCGAUGUGAGUGGUGUUCAAAGUGGUGAUCCUUGUGAGCUGCCACAGACAGUCCAGUCCCGAGAGCAUGUAGUUACUCUAUGUGGAGUACAAGCACCUGCUGUUUGUUGAACCAGACGUCCAAGCCAACUGACUGGGUCUGGAUCUCAAUCCCCCAGACCCACCUGGACACAGAGCUCUGGAAGAGGGAAGCCUCACUGGAGGCUCUGGACUCUGAGUCAGCCUCCUAGAAUGUCGCCCUUGACACAAACUUCUACUAUUUGGCCAAUCAUACCAAAACUCCUGCUCUAACUGACUGACCUGCUAUCUUAUCCGGUCUGCAGGGGGACCGUGACAUAUUCUAACUAGUCAAAGCUAGCCUUGGCCUAUUUGACAGCCCUUGUAUUUGUCCAACUAAGAAAGGGACUGUAACCAGUUGUUAGUUUAAACUAUAGGCUGCUUAUCUUCAUGACUAUCUCAACUGCUUUAAAAGGAAAAAACGUAUUAAUUUUGUUAAAUAUUGAAAAUUGGGGCUUGGGCCUCUCGCCAAAGGUCUAAAGGAAGAAUCCAUACACUGGAGAAUGUUUGAUGUUAUUUAUGUGAUCAUGAUGUUGCAUUGACGGUCAGUGUCAUACCUUGUUUCGCUCUAUGGCUGACACACGUAGACACUCAGUCAGACAUCGUUUCCCUCUGUGACUCAGUGGCCAGUAUAUGACCACUGUCCUAGCUGUGCUUUGUCCAAUGCAUCAUUAUUAUUGCAGUCAAUUGACUCCUGACUGCCACAACAGACUCAUGUUGUGAACACAUUCGAUUUUUUACUGUUUCUACAUACACUAUAUAUGCAAAAGUAUGUGGACACCCCUUCAAAUAUGUGGAUUCGGCUAUUUCAGCCACACCCGUUGCUGACAGGUGUAUAAAAUCGAGCACACAGCCAUGCAAUCUCUAUAGACAAACGUUGGCAGUAGAAUGGCCUUACUGAAGAGCUCAGUGACUUUCAACAUGGCACCGUCAUAGGAUGCCACCUUUCCAACAAUUCAGUGCGUCUGUCCUCGGUUGCAACACUCACUACCAAGUUCCUAACUGCCUCUGGAAGCAACAUCAGCACCAUAACUGUUCGUCAGGAGCUUCAUGAAAUUAGUUUCCAUGGCCGAGGAGCCGCACACAAGCCUAAGAUCACCAUGAUCAAUGCCAAGUGUCAGCUGGAGUGGUGUAAAGCUCGCCGCCAUUGGACUCUGGAGCAGUGGAAGUGCGUUUUCUGGAGUGAUGAAUCACGCUUCAUCAUCUGGCAGUCUGACGGACACAUCUGGGUUUGGUGGAUGCCCGGAGAACGCUACCUGCUCCAAUGCAUAGUACCAACUGUAAAGUUUGAUGGAGGAGGAAUAAUGGUCUGGGGCUGUUUUUCAUGAUUCGGGCUAGGCCCCUUAGUUCCAUUGAAGGGAAAUCUUAACGCUACAGCAUACAAUUCUACAUUAACGCUACAGCAUUCUAAACGAUUCUGUGCUUCCAACUUUGUGGCAACAGUUUGGGUAAAGCCCUUUCCUGUUUUAGCGUGAAAAUGUCCCUGUGCACAAAGCAAGGUCCAUACAGAAAUAGUUUGUCGAGAUCGGUGUGGAAGAACUUGACUGGCGUGCACAGAGCCCUGACCUCAACUCCAUCGAACACCUUUGGGAUGAAUUGGAAAGCCGACUGCGAGGCUGAGAGUGUAGCACCAAAUGGGGACCGACUCCAUAUUAUUGCCCAUGAUUUUGGAAUGAGAUGUUCAACCCAUCGAAAAUCUUUGGGAUGAAUUGGAACGCCGACUGCGAGCCAGGCCUAAUCGUCCAACAUCAGUGCCCGACUUCACUAAUGCUCUUGUGGCUGAAUGGAAGCAAGUCCCCGUAGCAAUGUUUCAACAUCUAGUGGAAAGCCUUCCCAGAAGAGUGGAGGCUGUUAUAGCAGCAAAGGGGGGACCAACUGCAUAUUACUGCCCAUGAUUUUGGAAUGAGAUAAUCGAGGAGCAGGUGUCCACACUUCUGGUCAUGUAGUGUAGCUGCAAACAGAGUUGCAAACAGUGGCCGUCCACCACAGAUCUACUACCUAAAACAGAUCUGAUCGUCAUCAGUUAAAGUCAACAGAGUCUCUUAGAAGUGGAUGGAUGUCCCCGUCCAGUCAUCAGUGUUGACUGAAACAGAGAUCAGAGUGAUAACCAAUGCUUCUCACAGUGAGGUGUGCAGUUCUGUACAGUGUAGGUAUUUUUCUGUGAUAUCACCAGAUCAUUUUUGAUGAAAUUCCAGCCCUUGAUUUGAAAGUCCUUCUUGUGAAGGUUGGUUAAUUGGUUAAGCUGUGUUUAAGGCCUAAGAUCCAGCUUUAACUGGCGAUGGCUGUGCAGCCAAUGGCAAUGUCCAAUUUAGGUAUAAUGCCAGGAGCCACUUGUGGAUUUGACAAGUCUAACGCAGUUCCACUUCCAACACCGCCAAAACAAACACUAUGCGGAUGAUGGCUUAAGCAGAUCUGAUUACAGAUUCUGCCAUAGAAAUGUAAAGGUAGUUUCCGAUUGAGCCGACAUAUGCAAUGUUUACCAUGAAUGUAGUCUCCGCAAACGUGGGAACAUUGCCUUUAAAAUCCACAAUGCCUAUAACCUGCAAUCGGAUUGAAUCCCGGCCCAAGUCUAUCGACAACACAGAAACGGUGUGAUGCAUAAGACCUUUCUGUCGCAGCACUCUAAUCAUUAUUGGAGCACUUGUUCAUUCUCUCUCUUGCUCUCUCGCUGGCCCUUUAGUAUGAAACACUGUUUGCAAUCAAAGCUUUGUCUUUCGUUUUAUUUCUUUACAAAAACAGGAAUAAAUUGUACAUACAAAUGUAUUAUAUAUAAGAAUAAAAAAUAUAUAUGUACAAAGA